CAUUUCGUGGUGUUAAGAAAAAAAACAGAGUCCUCCUCCUCCAAAUACUUUUGUUUAAAAAAGGAAACCCCCAGAUACAGAGAGAAACCAAGUGCAACAAAAAUCCUCUGUUUUUUUUCUCAAAAUUCAAAAUCUCUUUGAUCUCCUCGACAGAUCUCUUCUUCUUUGUAUAUAGUAAGAGGUUUAACCGUCGUCAUCUUUUUUUUUUAUCUCUAUCUCUCUCUACCCUUUUUUGGAUAUUGAUAUUAUCUGUUACAGCUUCUGUUACUAAUCUUAAAAUCUCUCAGAAAAAGUAACUCUCUUUAUUAUAAUCAACCUUGCGUAACACUUUAAGGACUCCCUUAGGGUUUUUGUCGAUUCCUAAUUUCUUUUACGACUUUCGUCUUGCAGCAUUGCUUUUGACAUUUUUGGAGCACUUUUAGGUCUCAAAGUUUUGAUUUUUACUUGCGCUUUUUUUCUUUCCUUCAGACGAGAUAAUCUCAUCCGUUGAGACGUUUUUGACUCAUUCUCAAGAGAUGUCAGAAUUUGUUGCAGGUUGUGAAGAAACAAGAGAGAAACUAUCAGAUUCUGAGUGUAUAGAGGAUGAACCAAGGCGUUCUAGAAUUGGGAAUUUGAGAAAGAAGGCUAUUAGUUGUUCUAGUAAACUUACACAUCCUUUGAAGAGGAAAGGCAAACGUAAAAUCGAUUACUUGAUCCCUUUGAUUGAAGAUGUUAGGGAUGAGGAAGAAGAGAAGAUUGUUUCUCAAUUGCGUCAAGAACUUCUCAAGAAAGAUUUGUUGCCUCCAAGGCAUGAUGAUUACUAUAUGUUGUUGAGGUUUCUAAGAACAAUGGAAUUCAAAAUUGAGAAGACUGUCACGGCAUGGGAACAAAUGCUUAAAUGGAGGAAAGAUUUUGGAACCGAUCACAUUAUACAGGACUUCAAUUUUAAAGAGUUGGACAAAGUGACAAGGCACUAUCCUCAAGGGUAUCAUGGAGUUGAUAAAGAUGGGAGACCUAUUUAUAUAGAGAGACUUGGGAAAGCUCAUCCUGGUAAGCUUAUGGAGGUUACUACCAUAGAGCGAUACUUGAAGUACCAUGUACAAGAAUUUGAGAGGACCCUUCAAGAGAAGCUCCCUGCGUGUUCAGUUUCAGCAAAGCGACGAGUCACUACAACAACUACAAUACUUGAUGUUGAAGGCCUGGGUAUGAAGAACUUUACUCCUACAGCUGCUAAUCUCCUGGCCACCAUUGCUAAAGUAGAUUGCAAUUAUUACCCUGAGACUUUGCACCGAAUGUUCAUUGUCAAUGCAGGGAUUGGAUUCAGGAAUAUUCUUUGGCCUGCCGCACAGAAGCUUCUUGAUCCGAUGACUAUUGCAAAGAUACAAGUUUUGGAGUCAAGAUCCUUGUCAAAGUUACUUGAAGUAAUUGAUUCCAGUCAACUUCCAGAAUUCUUGGGAGGCUUAUGCAAAUGUCCUAACGAGGGAGGGUGCUUGAGGUCUAACAAAGGACCCUGGAAUGAUCCUGAAAUAGUUGAGCUCGUACAUCACAUGGAAGUAAACCCUGUACCGCAAACUACUAAAUCUCCUCUUCAUAUAAGAGAUUAUGAUUCUACCACUUGCACGAUCCAACCUAUAGCUAGUACAUCAGACGGUGAUAAAUUCAUUACCACCGUGGAAUCUAUAGAACCGGCUCAAGGAGAACGGUCACAAAACCAGUUACUUAACACUAACAAUGAUAACUCUUCUUUUGCAAAUUCAUCAAGACGAGAAGGUGGUCAGAUUUUACGGUUUGGUGCACUUAGAGAAAAAAUCAACAGCGAGAACAUUUUCUGCUUAGUGAAAAUACUACUAGCCUUUUCACUGAAGCUAUUUGCUAUCUUUGCUUUCUUAUUGCCUGGAUACUGGCAAAGACAGAACAAUAAUGUAGUGGUCGUCCCAGCAGAUUCAUCCGUAAACAACCAAGUUCUUGAGUGUUUAGAUCGUCUAAAGAAGAUGGAGAAAGAGUUAACAGAGAUUAGUAGAAAAUCUGUAAAAAUCCCAGAAGCGAAUGAGAAGCUACUAACGGAAUCACUAGAGAGGAUCAGGUCUCUAGAACUCGAUCUUGACAAAACUAAAUCAGUAUUACACUUAACAUUAACAAAACAGGUUCAGAUUGAGUCUCAUUACCAAGAACGAAGAACACGAUGCUGUUUCUGAAGCUUUUGGUAUUUGCAAGGAGAUACAAACUUCUAUAUGCUGACAGAGACCUUUGGGGUUUUGUAUUUUUCGUCUUCUUUAUAUAUUCCUUGUAAAAAAACACAAAAUAUAUCUAAAAUUUCGAGU